CAGGCCGGCGCGGCGCUCGCUCCCGGCGGCGAGCGGGCGGCACGAGCGCCGGGGGGGGCCAUGGGGGCCCCUCGCUGGAGACGGCUCUGCCUCUUGCUCCUGGCCGGUUUAACAUCCUCCGUCAUCCUGUACGGUCACUACUACGCCACGGUGGAGGCGCCCGCCAGCCCGCGGCUCCUAGCCAGCCUGCUGCAGCUGGCACCGCUGGUCCUGGCUCCUUCGGAGACGCUGAGCCGAGCGGGGAGCCACGGCUGGGCCCAGGAAGGCGGGUUGGAGAGAGGGAAGUCCUUUAAAUCUUCCUCUGAGUUGGUGAAGGACAAACUCACCAAAAGCCAGCCCAGCACUUGCCUCCACUCUGUGACAGCCAGAGCAAAGGCAGACCCCAAAUUUGGGGAGCUCUUCCACUUUGACACCCCCGUGCUGAUGUGGGACCAGCACUUCAGCCCGGAGACCUGGGACAGGCUGAAGGCGCGACACGUCCCGUACGGCUGGCAAGGCUUGUCCCAUGCAGCUGUCGGCAGCACGCUCCGGCUCCUCAACACCUCCUCCAACAGGCGCCUCUUCGACAGAGACAACUUCCCCAGGGGCUGCGUCCGCUGUGCCGUGGUGGGCAACGGUGGCAUCCUCAACGGCUCACAGCAGGGCAAGGAGAUUGAUGCUCACGACCUGGUGUUCAGGCUCAACGGUGCUGUGAUCAAAGGCUUUGAGGAAGAUGUUGGUACCAAGAUCUCCUUCUAUGGUUUCACAGUGAACACAAUGAAGAACUCCCUUAUUGCCUAUGAGGAGUAUGGCUUCACCCAGAUACCCCAGGCCAAGGACCUGAGAUACAUCUUCAUCCCCUCAGAUGUGCGGGACUAUGUCAUGCUGAAGUCAGCCAUCCAGGGCAGCCUGGUCCCCGAGGGCUUGGACAAGGGUGACGAGCCACAGAAGUAUUUUGGACCAGAAGCAUCUGCAAAGAAGUUCAAGCUGCUGCAUCCAGAUUUCCUACAUUAUCUAACAGCAAGGUUCUUGAGGUCAGAAAUCAUCAAUACACAGUAUGGCUACCUCUACAUGCCCAGUACUGGUGCGCUCAUGCUCCUGACAGCGCUCCAUACCUGUGACCAGGUCAGUGCCUACGGGUUCAUCACUGACAACUAUGAGCAGUUCUCGGACCACUACUAUGAGCUGGAGAAGAAACCGCUGCUGUUUUAUGCCAACCAUGACAUGAUGCUGGAGGCAGAGCUGUGGAAGAGCUUGCACCAAGCAGGGAUCAUGAAACUUUACCAGCGGUGAGGCAGGGCAGCAGCCCAUGGGGGUCAAGGCCCUCGGACUCUCACUAUGUCACAGAAGUGGUUCUUCUCCUCUUUCCUGAAGGCCUCUUUCUCUUUCCUAAGGCCAUCCAGGACUCCUAGGCUAGCUGAUGAGGCACAGGCCCUCUACACUUCAGUUGCUGGCAGCUGCCUGACAACUUGCAGCAGGUCAGCAGUGUGGGUAGAUGGUAAGGGGCAGGCCAAAGGGGUUAGGGAAAUGCUGCAACAUUUCCUCAGGGAUCUGCAGGAACUUGUUUUGUAGCUUAGCGCAAUCGAACAUGGCCUUUGUGGUACCAAGCACGACUGCUUGUGGCUGUGACCUCCCAGUGCCACAAACACCUCUGUGGGGCAACACCAGCCCCCGGGAAGAACUGUGUUUGGCUGCCAGUAGGAGCAGGAUGAUGGAGGAAGAGGACGCUGGAAAAGUGUGGGUGUGACAGCCCCAUUCUGUUUUUUGUCUUCCCUGGAGGUUUACAACCUGCUCUCUAUGAGUGUAAAGCCUCUGCCUGGAGAACACCCAACUGGUCCUUUACCUUUCUAUCAUACUGCAGGACCAAGAACCAUCAGCCCAAAUGCUCCUCACCAUGGUGAGAUUGCAAAGGGCAUGAAUCCUUAGACUAGAUUGUUCAACUAACCAAGAACGGUGGUGUGUUUGGAGGACACCUCUCACUUAGACUGCAAAAAGCUUGACCACUACAAAACUGGAUUGAUGGGCAUGUCUUUCCAGAAAGAUUUCUUCACCUCCAUCACCAGAAGAUAGUAGAGGCUUGGCUGCCCUCUCCUAUAACAAACAUAAGGAUGUAAUGUGUCUGCAGCUCUUUUCCCCUUUUUCUGUUGUGAUACUGGUCAAGGAAGCAAAGAGUCUUAAAAGAAAAAAAAAUAUCCAUCAGGUAUGACUAGGAUUACUGCAGCUCAGCUGGAACAUCAGAAAGUUGGCUAGCCUUUGAUCAUCCAGGAGAGUUAGCCUAGUGCCCUCUCCUCCCCCCUUUUUUUUGCAUUGGGAUCAUGUGAUGCCCUCCACACGCUUUAAGAAGGCAUUCCUCCCUCCCCCCAAUACCAGAGGGGUUAGGGAACCAACAGCUCAUGGUGCAAGUCUGAACUAUCAUCAGUCUCAUUUAAAAAUAUGUAAUAUAUAUCUACUCAGGAGAAAAAAGGUCUUGAACCCCCUCAGCUACCUGCUGUAAGCCAAUGCUGCGUAACUAGGAAGACCCUCCGGGGAUAAUGCUACUUCAGCAACCAGUGGCUGGCUAGAGGGAUGGUACUACACAAUGGAGGAGAUGGUGUAAUUUGAAACAUUUUCCCACUUUGUAUAAUUACAUAAAUGUUGAAUGACCAUGUUCUUUUAUGCCUGCUUCCGUUGUU